AUGGCAGUGAUCCCAAAGGCUGGCCAAGUGUUUCAUGGCGAGGAUGGCACCUUCUCGAUCGUUCUCCCGGAUACAUGCGAUCCGAAUAAUGAACCGACGCAGGAGGAACUGCUGGACUACGCGAAUUGGCUGGGGAUUGACGCGGAGAAGGAGCCACAUCUGCUGUGGAUUGCGCGUCAGGGCCUGCGGACGCCACUACCAGCAGAGUGGAAGGCAUGUCGCACAGGCGAGGGCGACGUGUAUUACUUUAACUUUUUGACCGGUGAAAACAGCUGGGAACACCCCAUGGAUGACGUGUUCAAGCGUAAAGUCGAGGAGGAGCGUGCAAAGCUGGUGGACGGUGAGGGCGGUAGCAGCAAGACGAGAAAAAAGAGCAAGUCAUCAUCCACUGCGGGAGGAAAAGGUGAUAGGGGGGUGGAGAAACGACGUCUCGAGAAGGGUGCGGCAGGUUAUGUGGCGUCGCCCGAGAGGUCUGGGAAAGGGGGAAAGCUGAGUGCUGUUAUGUCACCAACAUCAUCGACGUCCACAUCGCCCAUGACGAAAGGGCUGCCGGCAACUGCCCUGCGAUUUGGUCGAUUGGGUGCCCUAGGAACUCCGGAGGCAACGCAGCGUCUUACCCCGGACGUGAGCGGAUUGUUGAAGCCAUCGAAUUCUGGCGACCGCUCGUUUACGCGGUUUGGUUUUGGUGGUGCCAACGCGAGUACGAGUAGUCUGGGCUUGGCUGCCGGUGGGAUCAGCGGCGGUAUCGGCUCGGGGAAGUUGUCGCUGACGAAACCGCCCGAUGGGGUGAAGGAGAUGGAGGCACAAAUCCGUCGGCGCAUCGAUGAAGAGAUGGACACCCGACUACGAGCCAUGCGGACACGCCAUGAGAAGCGGAUUAUGGAAGAGCGUACGGCGAUGGAGAAGGAGCUGCAGAAAGUGAAGGAAGACGGCGAGUGUGCGGUGGCGGCUGCGCAGCAGCGGCAUGCGGAGGGGGUGAAACAACGUGCGCAGGCGGAGUUGGAGUCUUUGCGACGGGCGCUGGAGAAGGAACACAAGGAGACGAAGGGACGUGUGGAGUCGCUGCGGCAAACGUUGCAGCGGGAGCGGGUAUCGAUGGAAAGUACCCUCCAGGAACGUCUGGAGGAGGUGAGGAAGAAGUUACAGCUGAGUCACAGCGAGGGAUUAAUUAGGCAACGUGAGGCGUCGGCGGCGAGGCUGAAUAAAGAGAAAGCACGACUACUAGAGGACCUUGCGCGGCGGUUAGAUGCGGAGGCAAAUGAGUUGGAGAAAAAAACACAAACAACUGUGGAGAAUUUCAAGAAGACUCUCGAGGCCGAGCGGGCUAAAUUGAAGGAGGAACUUAACGAAAAGGGGAUGGAACAUGGCGACCGCAGUGCGUCCAGCGCGGUAGCGGAGGCCGAGGCGCAGCGGGCGUACGAAGCGGCAGUGCAGAAGGCAACAAGUGAUGCUGCAAGCGCCAUGGAAGCGUUGCGUCGUGAGUAUCGCCUCAAGGAGGAGAAGCUGCGGGCUGCAAAGGAGGAGGAAAAUUGUCAGGAGAAGGAGUCGUCCACGGCGAUGACAUCUUUUGGGGACGCCAACAAAAAUGAUGGCCUGAAGCGUAGGGAGGCGGAGGCGGAGGCGGAACGGCUGGAGCGAGCGCUGAAGCAGAAGAUCGCACAGUACGAGGCGGAGACGCAGCGGCUGGUGGCGACGAGGCAGGCGGCGAUGAUGAAAAACAUCGGGCCAUUAAGAGACAAUGCAGAAAGUGGAGACCAGGGCUGCAGCAACAAAACCAGUAGCAAAAAUGCCAAAGUGGGUCAUUUCGCGACGGCAGCUGUGCAGGAGCAGCGACGGUUUGAGGUUGCGUCUCGGCGUCUAGAGACAAAACACGCGCAGUCAAUGGAUCGCAUACGCCGUGAGCAUGAAAUGAUCCUGCGUGAGAAGAACCUUUUCAAUCCACGACAAUCCUCUGGCUACGUGGAGAAGAUACAGGAGGAACACAAGUCGUGGUUGAAGGCACAUCCACCGAUAGCGCUGACGAUGCCCCAGCUGGAGCCCGUGCCGGCAGUACCCGGUUUAAUGGACGUGUCCCCCGUCCCAAUGCCAGGCCAGGAGGAGCAACAGAAGUCUGUCGACAUUGCGGUCACCGGCGCGAAGAAAAAGAGGGCGGUGGAGGAUAGUAAGAAAUUGGCGGAAAUGGAGGCGGCGCUGUCAAGAGAGAUGAAAGAGGCGGUGGCUGCGUAUCAUGAGAAGCGGCUGAGGGAGAUUGAAGCCCAACUUACACAGUAUCGAGUGGCACAGGCGGAAGAGUACCAGCGACGAAGUUAUCAAAUGGCUGCUGACAUUGCAGAGGCGGUAUCCCCACAGUCAUCGCAGCUUCGAGGAAAGGCGGAGGAUCCGGUGCCGAGGUUGAAUGAAGUGAGUCUUGAGGAGGCAAAAGUGCGUGAGGAAGAAAUAAGACGGCAUCUUCAAGGACGUAUUGAUGCAUUGGAGGAAUUGAAAUGGCAUGCACGGGAUGAGCUGCGACAGAGACAAGAAGAGGCUCAAAGAAAAACUUUGACUUUGACUCCUGCAACCACUGCACUGCAACGUCCUCCUCCUGUGCCAACGGACACGUUUUUUCCAGGGUGUCAGGAGCAAAAAAUUUCCCCGCGUCCUUGUCAGCAACAGCAGCAGCCACACGGUCUCCUUACGCCUGUCUUGAAUCGCACCUUAUCGACCAUAGCUCCCGCCAACAGUCUGUGGAGCAGCACACGACCGAGUCCGACUAAACCGUAUCAUUGGUUGAGUGCUGAUAAUGCGGCGUCUUCUCUCUUCUGGCAGGAGAACCACGCACCGUCAGCAGGAGCGGGAAACGUUGAAAAGGUUUUGCCAUCAUCACUGUCGCAACGCGAUGUUGUAUUGGAAGAUCGUCUACAUCGUGCAAGUUUAUUACUGAAGAAAAAGAAGGAAGAGUUACGUGCCCAGCAGGCGCGCAUGGAGCGGGCCCGUGAUGCAUGGCGGCGGGACAUGGAAGAGUGCCGCAGGAAACGUGACCGCAAGCAUGCUUUAAUGUUGCGAGAACUCAAGGAGGUGCUUGAAGAGAAGGCAGUACAACUUAACCAUGAGGUGAUGGAGCUAAAGCGAGCCACUCAGUGGCUGCGUAAACGCACAGUGCGCUAUAAACAAACACUGAAUAUUCAAACUUCUAAUCUUGCUUCUGCAGAAGAAACGAGCACGGCAGAUCACACUGCUGCCAAUGGCUCCGGACGAAUCAUUUCUCUGCUGAAGGACAUUCUCGCGAAUACAGAGCUGCUGGGGUCAUAUGUGGCAUCAACGAAAAAAACGGAUGCCAAGACGUUGCGUCAUGGGCGGUGCCGUUCACCUGCAUCCCCUCCAAAUUCUCGCACCUACCCCCACCCCAGUCGUCAUGGGGACGCAUUGUCAUCAUGGAAAAAUGCCGGACCAUCUGGCGUCACACGGUGGCUUAUGGAGCAGUGA